AUGGAGCAGGAUGAAAAAGAAAAUGUUACAGCAGAAAGAAAAAUGAUUUCUCAGAGUGCACUAUUAGACAGUGACACAGAAACUGAGGCAACAGCAGCAGCAGUCAAGCUGAAACUUCUGCACCAAUUACGCAAUCUGGAAAGUGAUCAGAGGGCUUACCAUGAAGAAUCUGAACGUACCAUCAUGCGUCAACUACGAGAGCUAAAUAUAUUGCAGCGUGAACAUGAAAAUCUUGCAACAAGCAUAGCCCUUGUCACAGCUCCGCAGAAUGUACAGAAGGAUGUUAAUGAUUCAACACAAAUAAAGAUGUUGUUACAAAGCAAAGAGGAAUAUGACUGCCUUGCUGAACAGGAAAAGAGUCUGAUUUCUAAGCUCGAUGCUCAGAUAAGAGACCAAGAAGAUAAAAUUAACAAACAAAAGAUGUCUAUUGGAGGACUAAGGAGUGUUCAUCAACGACGCAGACAUUUGCAAAAGCAAAUACAGACUUUGGAGAAUCAACUGAACUUGUCAACUAUAAAGUUUAACACAAUUCUGACUGAAAAUCGGAAGCUUCGUGAAGAAAUCAAUAUCCUGAGGGUUAAUAAAGAAAUUUAUACCAAACUCUACAAUAAGCUCAGUACGAAACUACAAGAACAAAAAAAAAUAAUGAAAGAAAUUGUUGAGGAAUCUGUGCAAGCUUAUGACCAACGGAUGGAGGCAGAAACAAGAAUAAAUGCUGUAAAGGAACGAAGUGCAAAAGACAUCCUACUGUACAAUACAGAGAUAAAAGAACUAAUGCGUAUUAUUGAUCAUGAGGCAAAGCUGAAAGACUUUAUGCUGAUUAAAUUUCGACAACUUACAAGAGAAGAUCACUCCAAGGAUAAAAUUGGCAAGAAAACAGCACAAGAAAUUGAAUAUGAGGCUUAUGAAGAAGUAUAUAAUCAACUCAGAAAUCUAACUGAAAAAGACAACCUUUACAGUCUAGGCACUGACUUUGUUGCCACAGAGGAGAAGAACUAUGCGCUGUUUAAUUUUAUAAAUGAAAUUAACAUUCAGCUGGAACAUAAACAAGAGAAGAUCCAAAAUAUUAAGAACGAAAUAUUGCAAAUUGAAAAUCAACGCAAGCAAAGUGAGGAAGAAUUGCAUGAUUCAAUAAAGGAAAUAGAGGAUGCUCUGGAAAAUACAACCCAACAGAUUAAUAAGUAUGAAAUUAUGCAAAUUCAAGUUAACAAAACACUAGAUGAACUGAAAUCAAACAUAGAGUCCCUUUGCAAGAAAAUAUAUUGCGAUCUAUCCCCGAUCCAGCAGAAAUUAUGUGGUAAUGAUGGCAUCUUAAACUACAAUGCACUAGAGUACUUAGGCAUAAUAGAAAGAAAAUCCAUUGAUAUGCUACAGAAACAUAUGCUGAUACUCCAAAUAGCAGAAUUGCAAAAGGAAAGUCCCCCACUUAGUCCUGAAAGUAGUGCAACAAGUAUUCCAACAGUGAAUAUCCUGACAGCUGGGACAGAGCUGAUCAAGUUCAUGAAACCCAUAAAAAUCAUUCCACCAAUAAUAGAUGACGAGGUUGAAGUUGAGACAGAGAUAGAAACUGCGUAUAACAUUGAUAGCAAAAAUGGUUACAACCUACGCCUGUUGUCUGAAAAUGAACUUUAUGACCAGUAG